AUGUCUAAUCAGCAGCAGUCAUAUACCAUUUGGUCGCCACAAGAUACGGUGAAAGAUGUGGCAGACUCGCUGGGAAUAGAAAAUACCAGUGAAGAUGUUCUGAAGGCGUUGGCAAUGGAUGUGGAAUAUCGUAUUCUGGAGAUCAUCGAACAAGCAGUUAAAUUCAAGAGACAUUCCAAGCGAGAGGUGUUGACGACUGAUGACAUUUCGAAGGCGUUGAGAGUGUUAAACGUGGAACCGUUGUAUGGAUAUCACGAUGGUUCAGCUGUUGGAAGUAAUGUAUCCUUUAAGAAGGUCAACGCCGUUGGUGGUCAGACGAUUUACUAUCUGGACGAUGAAGAGGUUGACUUCGAUAAAUUGAUCAAUGAACCGCUACCGCAAGUACCCCGUGUUCCCACCUUUACUACGCAUUGGCUGGCAGUGGAAGGUGUUCAGCCAGCGAUCAUACAGAAUCCUAAUUUGAAUGAUAUCAGGAUUUCGCAGCCACCGAUUGUAAGAGGUGCUAUAGUGACGGCGUUGAACGAUGAUAGCUUGCAAACAUCGCCUGCUGCUGCAAUCUCACUCAACGAGGAAAAGCAUUCUCAGCAUCUAUCCACCGUGAAACCGGGGCAGAACAUUGAUGUGAAACCACUGGUAAAACAUGUUCUUUCAAAAGAAUUGCAGGUCUACUUUAACAAAGUGAUUGCUGCACUGACCUCCAAGAAUGACGCUGACGAGAACGCCCAACAUAUGAAGAGUGCAGCCUUGACAUCCCUGAGGACAGAUAGCGGGUUGCAUCAAUUGGUACCUUACUUCAUACAAUUCAUUGCUGAACAAAUUACACAUAACCUUUCCGAUUUGGAACUUCUAACCACAAUCCUCGAGAUGAUAUAUUCGCUACUCAGUAACGAGUCCAUUUUCCUCGACCCAUACAUACACUCGUUAAUGCCGUCGAUUCUCACUUUGCUUCUAGCCAAAAAGUUAGGUGGCACUCCUACCAGUGACUCUCCAGAGGAAGUCAGCACAAUGCUGGAAAAGACAAAUGCAUUACGUGAUUUUGCAGCAUCGCUACUCGACUACGUGCUGAAGAAGUUCCCCCAGGUUUACAAGUCAUUAAAACCUCGCGUUACAAGAACUCUAUUGAAAACCUUCUUGGACACCAAUCGUGUCUUUGGUACUUAUUACGGCUGUUUGCGAGGCGUUUCCGUCUUGGAAUCCGAAUCUAUUAGGUUCUUCCUGGGAAACUUGAACAAUUGGGCAAGAUUAGUCUUCAACGAGCAGGGUAUGACUUUGGAUACUAUUGAUGAGAACAAGAGCAUCAAGUUCUCUCCCCAAGAAAAGGAUCUCCUGGUUGAUACUGUUAUCAAUGCGCUUGUCGUUCUAAAGGGCGAUCUACAUGACAUGUAUGAUGGAAAGGAUAAAGAGAUUACCGCUGAAGACAGAAAAAAGCUUGCGGAUAGGUGUGGCAUAACAAUCGCAAGUAGGAUACUGAAACGAGAUGAUGCGAGAGAACUUAUUGAUGCAAUAUUCUUUGGUGAAUGA